AUGUUCCAGAAAACUGACAAGAGGGGGCUCGUGGAGAAGGAGGCGCUUGCUGGUGAGAUUCAAGAGGGAGAGACGUCAGAGGUGUUGAAGGAGAGUUCGGCUCGUCGACGAUGGGUCGCCUUGUGCUGGAUGUUGACGUUCUGGGUCCCAACUCCCCUCCUCACCUAUGUUGGGUGUAUGAAGCAUAUGGACGUGCGACAGGCUUGGAGAGAGAAGCUUGCCCUCAAUCUCCUUAUCUGGUUCAUUUGCUCCUGUGCCGUCUUUGUCAUUGCCGUCUUGGGGGUGGUUAUCUGCCCAACUGAACAUGUCUUUAGCACGUCCGAACUCGCCUCUCACUCUUCCAUUCUCAAUCCAAAGAACGUUUAUACCUCCGUUCGUGGAGAGGUUUUUGACCUAAUUACUGUUGCUGCUACACAUCAACGAGUCGUUGGUGUUGUUCCUACCAAGGCUAUUUUGAAAUAUGGUGGACAAUCUGCAGACAACAACUUCCCAGUUCAGGUCAGCACUUUGUGCGAUGGCACAUCAGGUUCUGUCAGCCCUUACGUCACCCUGGAUUCCUCGAAUAACACAGACCCCAACUCCGUGUACCACGAUUUCCGCGCCUUUACCAACGAUUUCCGGCCUGAUUGGUACUUCGAGAGCAUGGUCGUGAUGCGAUACAUGGCUCGUGUUGGGUUCCUUGGGUAUACUCCCAAGGAAAUCAGGAACAUGGCCAGUGCUGGGAGAUCAGCUGCCAUCUACGAUGGUCUGGUUUACGAUGUCACGAAUUACUUCACGAGUCCCCCCGCUGUUCGAUCACCAGCUGGUACACAGGCUCCCGCCACGGAUACCAAUUUCAUGUCUGGAGACGUUUUGAAUCUUUUCCAGGUUCACGCGGGCAUGGAUAUCACAAAGCGAUUGAUAUCGCUGAACAUCGAUAGUGACGUCUUUGCGAGGCAGAAGGUUUGCUUGCGCAAUCUGUUCACUAUCGGAAAAGUGGGCAAUCACCAAUCCCCGCAGUGCUUGUUCGCGACCUACAUCCUCCUUGCACUUUCCAUCAUGCUGUCCAUCAUCGGCUUCAAAUUCCUCGCCUCCAUCAACUUUGGCUCUGGACGCGCUCCGGAGGACCAUGACAAAUUCGUCAUAAGUCAGGUGCCAUGUUAUACUGAAGGUGAUACUUCCCUGCGCAAGACCAUCGACUCCCUCGCUCAGAUGAAGUACGACGACAAACGCAAGUUGCUCCUCGUCAUUUGCGAUGAAAUGAUUGUUGGUUCCGGCAACGAUCGUCCAACCCCGCGCAUUGUCCUCGAUAUUCUGGGGGCUGAUCCGAAUUUGGAUCCUGAGCCUAUCAGUUCCAUGUCCCUUGGUGAAGGAGCCAAGCAGCACAACACGGGCAAGAUCUACUCUGGCUUGUAUGAGUGUGCAGGUCAUGUUGUGUCAUACUUGGUCGUUGCAAAGGUUGGCAAGCCGACUGAACGCAGCCGGCCUGGCAAUCGUGGUAAACGAGGCUCUCAGAUGCUUCUUAUGCAUUUCUUGAACAAGGUCCAUUUCAACUCUCUGAUGAAUCCGCUCGAGCUCGAAAUGUACCACCAGAUCAAGAACAUCAUUGGCGUCAAACCGUCUUUCUACGAGUACUUAUUCAUGGUGGAUGCUGAUACGACUGUGGAUCCGCUCUCUGUUAACCGCCUCAUUUCUGCGAUGAUUCAUGACAAGAAGCUGCUCGGCGUUUGCGGCGAAACUGAGCUGGCCAACGCGAAGCAAUCUCUCAUCACGAUGAUGCAGGUGUACGAGUAUUUCAUCUCCCAUCACAUGGCAAAGGCGUUCGAGAGCCUUUUUGGAUCCGUCACCUUGCCGGGUUGCUUCACCCUUUACCGCAUCAGAACGCCUGAUGCCCAUAAGCCGCUACUCGUCUCCAACCAACUUAUCCACGACUUCUCGGAGAAUCGUGUCAACACACUGCAUAUGAAGAACCUCCUGCAUCUUGGCGAAGAUCGAUACCUUACUACGUUGCUCCUCAAGCACUUCCCACUCUUCAGAACCCAGUUCAUCUGCGACGCUCAUGCGUACACCGUGGCUCCUGAUGACUGGAAGGUUUUGCUGUCUCAACGUCGCCGCUGGAUCAACUCGACAGUCCACAAUCUCGGGGAGCUCAUCUUUUUGGAGCAGCUUUGCGGUUUCUGAUGUUUCUCGAUGCGUUUCAUUGUAAUGAUUGAUUUGGUUUCGACACUUACACAGCCCGUCACUGUUGCAUACAUCGUGUAUUUGAUCUACCUGGUGGCUUGUGAAGGCAAAUCCAUCCCCACAUCAUCGCUUAUCAUGAUCGCAGCAAUCUACGGUAUUCAAGCCCUGGUUUUCAUCAUGCGACGGAAGUGGGACAUGAUCGGAUAGAUGUUAUUCUACAUCCUUGCCAUUCCCGCCUUCUCCUUCUUCUUCUUGCCUCUAUACUCGUUCUGGAAGAUGGACGAUUUCUCUUGGGGUCAAACACGUGUCGUGCUUGGUGAAUCUGGCAAGAAGAUGAUUGUUCAUGACGAAGGGAAGUUCGAUCCUCGGUCUAUUCCUCUCAAGUCAUGGAAUGACUACGUGAGCUUUGCCUGUUCUCUUCUUUGUUUGUUCGCUAACACCCUUCAUCAGGAGAACGAGCUCGGGGACAAGGAAUCGAAUCACAGCAUCGGAUCCUGGGUCCCUCAAACCAAAGCAAAGGAAGCUUACGCAGAUUCGCGCACUGCUUCGUUAUAUGGCCGAGAAACCUUCUAUGAACCUCAAGGACGCAGCUUCUCACCAGCCCCAUCUCAGCUUGGCAUUGGCGCACCAAGUGACUUCGAGCUCGAGCGGUCCGUACAAGAAAUCAUGCGAUCUGCAGACCUCAACUCCGUGACGAAGCGCGAGAUUCGGCGCCAGCUCGAGGAACAGUUCGACAUGGACCUGACCUCUCGCAAGGCGACUAUCAAUGCCGCGAUCGAUAGAAUUCUGCUCAGUCAGGCGUGA